GUCUGAUCCCCGAUAGAUCAAGUGGGGUAAAGAGCUCCAGCCACUCGCCAUUUCUGGAGUUUGUUUCAAAACUAUUGCUGUAGCUAGGGUUUUAGCCGUCGUCGUCGCCUAAUUCUGACGCGUCCUGCGUCCAAUUUAGGCUUUGAUUUAGGAAAGCGAUGGAGGCGUCGAAGAUUUUGAAGGAGAAGAAGUUCUGGAUCGCUUCCUUUCUCGUUGUGUGGGCGGCCGGUCUACAGGCACAUAUGAUGUGGAUGCAGAAGCAAGACGCUUUCAAGGAAAAAUUUGGGGAAUUGAGCCAAGAAAAAGAUGGAAACGAUUGAAUUACCGAUCGACUUUAUCAGAUUGUCCCAACAGCAAGAAGUUCCCUGAGCCUGGAAGCUAAACGCCAGGAUGGUUUGGUUUGCAAUGAAGGAUAAAGACAAAAUUAAAUUCCAACCCUAUUUCUGCUCUGCCUCUGCAAGGCCGACCUAUCUACCUUUGACCGUGCGGCUUGGAAUGGGGAGCUGAUGGACACAAUGCGAUUCAGAUGGGGGCUGGUGACUAGGUUGUUUUAGGUGGGAAUGAUGAUUGAUUGGCCUUUCAUGCAUAUGCUUUAUUUGUGGAUAACGAUGCUUUUUCCUGGUGCAGUAAAACGUUGAGGAAAGGUGCGUUGUGACAUGCAGUUAAUGGAGAUUGAGCUCAGGCCGCACCCUUGCGGAGGCCUGGAGGACAAUGCAUAAAGAAGAUAUCAAUCGUCAUCAAUCAUCUUUUCCUUUAAUUUGCAGUCAAAAAGUAUCAAGCUUUCUCUAAUGAUGUAGAAAGCUUUUGGGAGGUACUUGGUUAGGAAGAAUGGAGGUCUGAAAUGGGAAUGGAAAUAGGUGAUUCUUAUUCUAGUUGCUUGAUUGAGGAGAGUUUCACUCCGAUUUCGAUUCCAAUCAUGAAUUAAACACUUCAGAAAAUUGGAUCAUUCUGAUUUUCAUUUCAAUAUAUUCUGAUUCGGAUUCUGAUUUCGAUCACGAAUCAAACACUCUCUUAGUGUAGUCCAGAAGGAUCAAUUUUAUGGUUGGGGACCACGAUUUGGUUUAGAAUAUUGUCAUUUGGAUGUACUUUAUUGAUAAGUAGGAACUAUCUAA